UUCUCAACUUUUUUAUUAUUGCAGAGUCUUGCAGAGCAUGAUUUAGGGAGACUAAAGUAGAGUCUCUUUGGUUUAAAAUUAAAAACGAAGUAUAUUGCUUUCCCUGUAGAAUAUUUCUUUUUGUAACUUCUUGUGUGAUUUUACUUCAAGCUGUGAUGAAAAAUGCACUACUCUAUAGUAGCGACUGUUACAUAACUGUAAUCUCAGAACUGUGAAUUUUUAAAGCCAGGUUCUUCUAUUCUUGGUGUGAUUAAGAUUUCUUAAUUGUCUUCUAGACUGCAGAAUUUUUGUUGCAGUCCAUAUCUUCAAUUGUUUAGUUCAAUUAAGAUCAUUUUAAGACUGACUUUCCAACCCAACGACCAUUGCCAAUUGACAAGUCCCUCCAAAUUGGCUGUCUCUGUUUUCUAUAAUUAGUGGGUAGAGUUUUUCAUUGCGAAGCAUUGUCGUAUUCAUUUAAUAAGUGCUUCCUUGGGAUUUUUUUUUUAAUAUACUUAGUUAUUCUUUCUUUCUUUGAGAAGGACAAAUACCAGGAACUUGAUCAACAACUACUGGAUUAUAUGAGUGAGAACUACAAUAUAUGCUGUUAUAACACUUGUUAGCUCACUAAAUAACUUCCUCACAAAUCACACAACCUUCUUUCUUUCCAUUAUGCUACCACAUUGCUCUUCUAUAACUAUUUUGCCUUGAUAUGCUUGUUGUCCUUUUUUCUCUUUGACGUGUCUUUCUAUUGCUUCUGGAAAUAUGAACAUUGAGAGGCCUAAGAUUACCUUAUUCUCAAGGCGAAAAUCUGGAAAUGUGAUAGAAGAGUCAAGCUCUGAAUUGCGAUAUGAUUGCCCAUAUAGUUCAUACAAGAUCAAUGGUAAAACAAGCUCCAAUGCCUUAAGUGACUUCAAAAGUGCAAUCUACAGUCCUCAACAAACUUUAUAACCAUUAGAAGCAUCAGUAAAAAAUCUUGCUGAAAGAAUAGUUGGGGUCACCAAAGCUUCUUCAAGGGCCUUGCUUUGAUUUAUGGUUGGACUCUCAAGAUUAUUUUUUCUCAAUUUAUUCAUAAUUGUUACAGAAUCUGUAAAUAUGUGCAUUAGUGGAUAUAGAGCUUAAUUAUAGGAAUUAAGUAUGGUAGACGCUGAUUUUAGGAUCUCAAUUAUAGGAAUCAAAUAUUCUGUUUCCUACUCUAGAAUACCUAAUGUGUAUAUAUAAACGUAUCUCUAUAAUAGUAAAGAUAUGAAUAAAAAUAUACUCUGAAUUUCAGUUUCUACAUUGUAUCAGAGCCCGGUUUGCCCUAGUGUGCAAAUUCGGAAAUUUCGUAGCCCUAGAGAGCAAUUUCGUAGUUCACCGGUGUAGAGUGGCCAUUAGUUCUCAUCGCCACCCUAGAAAGGAGCGCGCUUCGCCGAUCGUCAAUUUCCCAGAAUUCGGCCACCGGAAGCUGAGCACGUGACCUACACGCGCCGCCUGUUCCUUCUGAAAACGAACACUCAGAUCUCCUUUUCUGUGGCGCGUUGAUUCUCACCAUCGGCACAGUCAGACUCAGAUGACGCCGAUCGUUCAAAUCCUCAAUCUUCCAUCGCAUUUCGCCGUCGCAAGCGUCGUUGCCGGAACAGUCGCUGUUGACGAAUCUCUCUUUCUGACCAGGAUUUCGCUUCUUUUUCACUGUUCUGUGUCGCCUGUGCAGUGUUUUUCGGAUCUUAGUUACUGCAGAAUCAAUUUGUGCAAGGGUUUUUUGCUAUUUAUUUUAUUUGGUUGUGUUGAGUACUAUUAUGGCAGAUAUUAAACCUAUAACCAUGGCAGAAAUGGUUCCUGUAAUGUCAAAAAUCACUGAACACAAGCUUAAUGGUUCUAAUUAUUUGGAAUGGAGUAAAACGGUUCGAUUGUACUUGUUGAGUCUGGAGAAAGAUGAUCACCUUACACAAGCUCCUCCUACGGAUGGCACUAGACAAGUAUGGCUGCGAGAUGAUGCUCGAUUAUUUUUGCAGAUCCGAAAUUCUAUUGGAAGUGAGGUAGUCAGUUUAAUUAAUCACUGUGAAUUGGUUAAGGAGAUAAUGAAAUAUUUAGAUUUUUUGUAUUCUGGAAGAGGUAAUCUUUCUCGUAUAUAUGAGGUGUGCAAAGCUUUCUAUCGUGUAGAAAAACAAGACAGAACCAUCACAUCUUAUUUUAUGGAUUUGAAAAGAACUUAUGAAGAACUUAAUAUGUUGUUACCUUUUAGUCCUGAUAUGAAGGUUCAGCAAGCUCAACGAGAACAAAUGGCCAUCAUGAGCUUUCUAGCUGGUCUUCCAUCUGAGUUCGAAACUGCCAAAUCUCAGAUAUUUGCUAGUCUUGAAAUUUCAUCUUUGUAUGACACAUUUACUAGGGUACUUCGUACAGAAAGCACCCCAUCAUUUCAGAGUAACAGUGCUUUUAUUAGUUGAAGUGGUGUAUUUGAAACUGGACGCUCAUGUAAUAAGAAUAGAGGAGGGAGCAGCAGCAACCGUGAAAAAGUUAUUGAUCGUAAUCAUGAGUCAGGAGGGAUUGUGUGCUAUUACUGUCACGAGCCAGCCCAUACAAAGCGUACUUGUAGGAAGUUGUAGAAUCGGGCUUCAAAAUCCUAGUUAGCACAUGUUGCAGCGACCAAUAUUGCUACCAAUUCAUUAUCUGGAGAGACUAUUAUGAUUUUUGCAGAUGAGUAUGCCAAGUUCUCCCAGUACCAAGAAUCACUAAAGUUUUCAUCAACUUCUAUCACUACCAGUGCUGAGUCAGGUAAACCAAAUACAUGUCUUGUUUCCUCCUCAUCCAAGUGGGUCAUUGAUUCUGGUGCUACAGAUCAUAUGACAGGUAAUCCUAAUCUCUUUUCAACUUUUCAGUCAUUUGCAUCCCCUUCUAAUGUUACGUUAGCAGAUGGAUCAACGUCAUCUGUUCUUGGUUUUGGAACUGUUAAUCUAACUCCAUCAAUUUCAUUGUCAUCUGUUUGAGUUUACCACAGUUUUCCUUUAAUUUAAUUUCAGUGAGUAAACUCACUCGUGCGCUUAACUGUUGUGUCUCAUUCUUUCCUGAUCAUUGUUUA